AUGGCACCGACGAUGAAGUUACCAUGUAUCCCAGAAGAUGAAUUCGUCAUUUAUGGAGAUGUGUACGCAAGAGAAGGCUACGCCGACGAACUCGAACCACUGUGCCGCCUUCUGAUUCGACUGGUCGAGUCGGAGCCUGGGACGUUGGAAUAUGCCAUCUCGCGAGACCACGAUGAGCCGAACCACUUUUUCGUCUUUGAGCGGUAUAGCGGCAAGGAAGCAUUUGACAAACAUUGUGCCAGUCAAGAGUAUCAGAACCUGCUCAACUCGGGAGUCAUGGUCGGCCUACCACAGCCCAAGAUCUUGAAGCAAUUGAAGCCCAUUUAG